AGUCACCUGAUCAGAACGCGGGAGUUGCGAUGGCGGCGCCCUUGCUGCGUUGGUUCGGCCCUGGAAGACGUUGGCCUUUAGCAUGGGUGGACAGCGGUUCCCGCCACCGAAGAGGGGUCCCGACUGGGUCAGCGUCCAACCGGACGAGGGAACAGAGUUCAGUGGCUCAGCAGCCCCUCUGCACGUCCCAGAAGCUGAGGAAAGGUGAACACAAAUGGGCAGCUGUGGUAGGAUUGGAAAUUCAUGCCCAAAUCUCCUCCAACUCCAAACUUUUCUCUGGAUCUCAAGUGUGCUUUGCAGCUCCUCCAAAUUCUUUGGUUUCCUUUUUUGAUGCAUCUCUGCCUGGAACUUUGCCGGUUCUCAACAGGCGGUGUGUGGAAGCGGCAGUGAUGACAGGCCUGGCACUGAACUGCCACAUCAAUAAGAAGUCCUUGUUCGACAGAAAGCACUACUUCUAUGCAGACCUUCCUGCGGGGUACCAGAUCACCCAGCAGAGGCUCCCCAUAGCUACCCAUGGGAGCUUGACGUACAGAGUCUCUGUGGGGACUAAGCGGAGUCACAUGGCCACCAAGACAGUGAGGAUCAAGCAGAUCCAGUUGGAGCAAGACAGUGGCAAAAGCCUCCACGACGGCCUGAGGUCCCAGACACUCAUUGACCUGAACAGGGCAGGAGUUGGCCUUUUGGAAGUGGUCCUGGAGCCUGAGCUGUCCUGUGGAGAAGAGGCAGCCACGGUCAUCAGGGAGCUGCAGCUGAUACUUCAAGCCCUGGGGACCAGCCAGGCAAACAUGGCAGAGGGCCAGCUGAGAGUGGAUGCAAAUAUAUCCGUGCAUCACCCUGGGGAGCCACUUGGCAUCCGAACAGAAGUGAAGAAUCUCAACAGCAUCAGGUUCUUGGCCAGAGCCAUAGACUAUGAAAUUCAGAGGCAGAUCAAUGAACUUGAGCAUGGAGGUGAAAUUCUGAAUGAAACUCGCUCGUUUGAUUCCAAGCUGGGCUGCACCAUGCCAAUGAGAGACAAGGAAGGAAGACAGGACUACAGGUUUAUGCCAGAGCCCAACCUGCCUCCCCUGGUGCUGUACGACACAGCGUCUCUGCCCGCAGGUGCACAGUCUCAGCAGGUGAUCAACAUCGACCAGAUUCGGGACGCGCUGCCCGAGCUCCCCAGCGUGACUCGAGAGCGGCUGGUGCAGCGGUACGGGAUGCUGCCGGAGCACAGCUUCACGCUGCUGAAUGAAGUUGGCCUGCUACAGUUCUUCCAAAAUGUGAUGAAAGAAACUAGGGCAGAGCCAAAAAAGGUGACGAGCUGGGUCCUCAAUGUGCUCCUGGGCUAUUUAAAGCACCACAGCCUCGCUGUCAGUGAGAGUCCCAUCACGCCCUCUGCACUUGCUGGACUUCUCGACCUGCUGGACAGUAAAGCAAUUUCUUCGUCGGCGGCUAAGCAGGUGUUCGAGGAACUGUGGAAGGGUAAGGGGAAGACCGCAGUGCAGAUUGUUUCAGAGAAGCAGCUGGGACUGAUGCAGGACCAGGAGGCCCUGGAACAGCUCUGCCGGUCCACGAUGGAGGAACACCCUCAAGCGGUAAUGGAUAUGAAGAAGGGAAACCCCAGAGCUAUAAAUAAACUGAUCGGGUUGGUCCGGAAGGCGGCCCUAAACCGAGCAGACCCAGCUGUGAUAAAGGCCCUGCUGGAGAAGCUGUCGUCAUGAGGUGUGCAGGCUCCUCCUGCCAAGCCAGGACAGGGGCCCAUGACGCCUGACGCCUGUGUGCUCUGCAAGCUGGUGUCCCAGGCCCUGGCCCGACCACACUGUCUUAGUUACAUUUCACGUGUCCUGGUCCUCUGAGACCCUAUGCGUUGGGAUGCAGCCUCCAGGGAAACCAGCAGCCCCCACAGCCCUUUGCUUCAGUAACAUCGAAACCCUCUGGGUGGCUGCAGCAGUGCUUAGGCAAGAGCACAUUCGGUGGGGUAGUUCUCCACUGAAUAAAACACAUUUCAGAUACUGUGGCCACUCUGCAAGCACUCACUGUGCAGUUCCUUCCCUGGAUACCUGUGGGUGCCUCCUAAGGCCUGGCGUUCCCAAGCGCUGGUGAUCAGUGGUGAUCAAGACAGAAUGGAAUGUGAAUACAAUAUAUGCAGACCUAAAAGUAGGUUAACAAAGAUGGAAACAAAGCAGAUUGGUGCCAUGUAAACACAUUUGUUUAGGGCGACAGGGUGGGGAGGUAGCUACCCAUCUACUGAGCAAAGGUUAACAUUGCCCUCAACUUCCUGGGGACCCUGAAAGCAUAGGCUGGAGAUUCAGUGAACUUUUUAAAGACAACAGAAGUUUUCAGAUAAAUUUAAUGAAUAAAACAUAUACUGAAAUAUCACAUAAAAAUUAACUUAUACUUCAAAGACUGUAAGAUUGACACCCCCACACCAUCAGGCCAAAAAAGAUAAAGAGAAAAAGCUAUAACAUUCAUUUGUUUUGCUUGCAGAGAAUAAGACUCUAAACUAAUAAAAUCUUGACCUUUAGCAAUGACUGAAGUGCAGCUGACAGUGUCGUGAUGAAGGCCUCGUUGCCUCUGCCCCUUUUUGUGUGACAGUAACAUUUUCUCGAACACACGGCCCCUUUGUUCAUUACAUGUCUAGUACCUCAGAUUCACAAUGCCUCCUUUAAUCCUUUUAUGUCUAGUGUUCCAUUUUUGGAACGGCACAUAAUGAUGGAACAUAAAAAUGUUUCUCUUCAAAUUCUCAUUCCUUGAUUUUUUUUCUAGGUAACACAUAUGAAUUUCAUGCAGAAAUUCAAAAAAUUGUAACCUUUGGCAUUAUAAAUUGGUUAAAAACCAGUUCUGUAAAUGCUGGGUUGCCACCCUCACCAGCCCCACCCCGUAGUAGGAAUAAACACCAGGGGCUACCUCCACUCUUUCUAAAUUUUGAGGCAGGUCUCACUAAAAGUGGCCCUGGUGGGACUUGAGCUUGUGAUCGUCCUCCCUCAGUGCUGGGAUUACAGAUGUCUGUCACUCGUGGCUGCAAGUGCUGUUUUUAAAAGUACCUGUCAAACCGAUAUGGGGAACAUGUCUUCAGAGGCCCUGAUUUUUAAAACUCACUCCUAACAUACCAUGAACAGGAAAAAGGAUUUUUCUGGGGCACGAUGAUCCGAAGUACUGUACCUUCCAUCAUCCAUCUUAGAGACAGUGCUCAGAGCUUCCCUGAGUAAGAGCGAUGGCAAAAGUACCCCAUUUGCCCAGCCACGAAAGCUGGUGUAGAGAGGAAACAGGUUGGGUAGUUGAUUUCAGAGAACCAUGAGGAUGGGAUUUAAAAUUUUUUUUUAAAACUCAAGAAGCCAUGUGACCCACAUUUUGUAAUACUGAACACUACAGGGUCUCAAAGUAAUGUGCACUAAGGCCGGGGAUUUAGCUCAGUGGUGCCACCUGCCUCACAAGCACAAGGUCCUGAGAUCGAUCCUCAGUACCAAAAAAAAUGUUAUGUGCACCAACCCUCUCUACAAGAAACAAAAAUGGUAGAGUCCCCUCUUUCCCUGCAAAUCUGUUAAACAUAAAGGGCAAAGAUUCAAAUCUGGCAGGACCUUUAUUUUGUAAGAAAAAAUAAAAGUUCAGUUUUCUUUUGUAAAUCGUUUUCCCCAAAAGUUUAUAGAAAGCACUGAAGGAUCUUUCCAGACCAUUUCAAACCUAGGGCUUUCUUAAGUGGAGGUGCACUCAGAUCAAGACAGUUUCCCCAAACUAUUAUGUCAAGUGAAAACUGCAUAUGGACCAGUUACUCCCACAGAAAAAUGCCAUUAAAAAACACUUGAUCUUUGAAA